GGCCACUACACCAUCUAAUCAAGAACAGCCUAAAGCCUGAAACUCCAGAGCAACCAUGCAGUCUGCUGAUGCCAAACUCAACCGAAGCUCCUUGCUUCAGGCCCUGCGACAUUACAGCACAGAAGUUCACAACAUGGAACAGACCAUCCUGCUUCCCAGUCUCCUAAGAGAUGUGCCAUCCGAUGGUUUUACGGACUGUGACACUGCGGAGAACAGCAGGGACCUGAAUGAGAACUAUCUUCUUUUGAAAGCCAUCAAGAACACAGUGGAGAGUGGUCUGUUCCCCCAUAAUGAUGCCAAGGCUAAGAACCACGCCAGCCUGCACAAAGGCCUGGAGCCCCUGCUGGAGGCCAAUCCAGAGGCGCUGUUCCAUUUCCAUCUGCGAGGCCUAUUCACUGUCAUGGCUACACUCACAAAUAAGUCCCAGAGCUUGAUGGAGAAAAGUUGGGACAUCAUUGGGAUCAGCCGUUAGAAUUCAUCACAGAACAGCUUUUGACCACAUCUUAAGAAAACAUCUUGAAGUGGAUUUUAUAAUAGAAGCAUUUACCUGGAAACUAUUUACAUUACUGUCACUAAGUCAUCUAAAUGAGAUAUGUAAUAAAAAUUAUUGAAACUAA